AAUACAAUCAAAAAAUGAUAAGUGUGCGGGGUAUUCCAAAUAUAAGGACAUCGAAACAAUGUUUAUUUCAUCGAGUUCCGAUAUGGCGAGUCACACAGGUUGUCUAAUUUUGACCUUAAUUUUCCUUAUGGAAAUGGUGUCACCAUCCAAGGUUGCAUCCUCAGAACCAGAAAAGUCAACCUAUAAGUUUUCUCUGGAAGCGGAAGAUUUCGAUAAGGAGUUAGCCGAAAUUUCUCUGGGAGAGUUAAUAGAAGCCCUACAGGAAAUUAUUUUACUGCUUCAGGCAGAAUUGGAUGAAUUAAUUCCUCGUUUCAGAAAAGCAAGUGAGGGAGAAAAAGCUAUCAGAUGCGUAUCGAAAUUAUUUAAUUUAAUUAAGGGCUUUAUUACUCUGUUGCCUAAAAGGAUUCAAUAAAUAAAGGCAAACAGAUAUUAUAUGAAAU